UGGUUUGAGGAAACGUAUUUUUAUUUUUUCUCUGUGCAUUAAAUCAUUAAUAUGUAGAUCACAUUGUAUUAUCCUAACGACUUGUGAAAAUAAUCCAGAAUCAAUUUCCAGGGUCGUAAAAAUCACUGUCUACAACAUCAUAAAACAUUCUCCAACACUUGCAAAUAAAUUGCCAAUCAGACACAUUCCCCUUACUCUAAUUCUUUUACGAUCUUUGACUGCAAAUUUUCUGCCAAAACCCCCUCACGUGCCAAAGUAACUGUUCUUUACCCUUUGCCAUUUUUUCCCCUGUUACUCCUUCACUUACAAUCACAAACACCCAAGGGCCACUUCAGUUAAUAACACACCCUUCUAUCAGCAUACAGCAACAACCAACGCAUCAUUCUCCACGCGACAAAAUAACUGCACAUCACCCUUUUUUGCACACUCAUGGCACAAUACCUUCCGGGGUGAGUUAACCAUUUUUAGCACUGGUACCGUAAAAUACCUCCCACAAAACCCUAUCCCCUAUUCAACCCUACAUGCCAUGCGUCAAGCUAACGGGUUCAUACCCUUUACUUCUGGAGAAUCCUUCCUUUUUUUGGCAAAUUGUUAAAUUGGCACGGGUACCGCUCAUCACACAAAGCUUAUAAAAACAUGCUGCUGAUGACAUGAGUGGCUCGGAAGCCUCCACCAUGCGACAAACUAACUGUUUUUUACCCUUUGUUUUAUUGAAUCCUUUCUGGCCCCGGGUUAAAGCCUUUUUGCAGCCUUUCUCACCGUCAACCAUUUCGCACAAACACGUUUGCGUCUUUCCGCGCGUCUGCACGUGGGGGUAGCGAUUCUGGCCGGGCAGCCGGAAUAACUGUUCCCGUGCCAAAAUGUUGAGUGAACAUUCACCGGUACCACCGGUAAUGGCGGCCCGAGACGCUUAGGGGUAAAGGCUUUCUGGGACUGACUGGGCGUUUUUGGCAAAAAGGGGUUCAAUAAAUCAAUCGAACCCGAAGCUUGGUUCUACCCUACGGGGUUCGCUUGGCAUUGCAAAUAAACCGUUGGCCUCUCGCUCUGUUCGAGGUGCAGCGUGCAGGUUAGGUAGAUUUGCAUACCGAUACAUUGUACCAGCUCAGGGUUGAAAAAGCGCUCACUGCGUUUUGGGGCGUUUUUGGAAGCCUCUUUCAUUAACAUGGCACAAUUAAUAAUUCAAAACGAAGCCAAAAUGAGCUCAAGAAUGGUGAUGAACAUUUGAUAAAUAUUACCGUGUGAACCGCGAUCGCUAGCAGUAUUGUUUGGGCCACAGGCUUGAGAAGAAUUCCGAACCAUUCGAACCUACAAGGGAAGUUGCUUUGUAUUUGGCCAGCUGUUAGUUGAUAGUGUCGCUGAACGUCUCGAACCAAACCAAAGCAAACCAUCAUCAUGGUUAUGCGAAGUGCACCACUGAUGGGAUGGAAGAACGUCAGCACCGGUUCCGAUGCUGAGAAGCACAUGCCAAUCACGCGAAUAUGCGUCCAGGUGCAGCAAGGCUCGGUGUACGGGGUGCGCGACAAACUGCCGAACGGCCAGAGCUACUACUACUUCAAGGGUGUGCCGUACGCGAAAGCGCCCGUCGGUGCGCUGCGCUUCAAGUCGCCGGCACCGCUGGAGAAGUUCGCCGUCUCCUAUCUGGACUGCACCCGGGAGCGCAGCAACUGUCUCGGGCUGGACGUGCUGACGAAGGAGAUCAGCGGCUCGGAGGACGGCCUGUUCCUGAACAUCUACACACCGAAGCUGGGCAAGCGGGACGACCCGGAACCGCUGCCGGUGAUGGUGUUCAUCCACGGCGGCGGGCUGAUCGGCGGCCACGGCGACAGUUCGCUCUAUCUGCCCAACUAUCUCGUCCAGGAGGGUGUGAUUGUGGUCACGCUCAACUAUCGGCUCGGUGUGCUCGGGUUCCUGUGCCUGCCGGACGCCGGAAUCGAGGGCAAUGCGGGUUUGAAGGAUCAGCGGGCGGCGCUGCGCUGGAUUUCCGAGAACAUUGGCGUGUUUGGCGGUGACGCGUCCAAUGUGACGCUGUUCGGGGCGAGCUCGGGCGCGAUCGCGGUCAACUUCCACUGUCUGUCGCCGGAAUCGAAGCGCUACUUUCACAAGGCCAUUCUGCAGAGCGGUUCCAUCUACACGGAGUUUGCGUUCCAGGAGCAGCCGGAAGAGAAGGCCCGCCGGCUGGCGAAGCUGCUCGGUCACAGUCCCACCACCGACGGAGAGGUGUACGAGGUACUGCGAGCAGCACCCGCCCGGAAACUGUUCGAGCUGCAGCCGCUGGUGCUGACGGAGCGUGAGAAAGCGGUCGAGCGGCUGUUCCAGAUCCCGUUCCUCCCGGUGAUCGAGCGGUCGGACUCGCCGGACGCUCUGAUCACGCGCCAUCCGACCGACAUCCUCAGCGAGCCCAACUCGAUGGACAUUCCGAUAAUACUGGGGUACAAUGAGCGCGACGGUAUGAUGGUCCUGAUCGACGCCAUCAAGACGCUGGCCGCAUACAACGCCGAGCCGGAACGGUUUAUACCGCGAACGGUGGCGCUCGAUUACUUCUCGCCCGAGGCACGCGCGCUGGGCGAAGAGAUCCGGGAGUUUUACUUCGGUGCGCGCCCCGUCUGCCGGGACACGCUCAACCAGCUGACGGAUGUGUUCACCGACAAGUAUCUGCUGGCGUACCGCAUGACGGUGGAGCUGUGGGCGCGCCAUCAGCGUCGGUCGAAGUUUUUCGGCUACCGGUUCGCGUUCGACGGUCUGCUGAACAAGGGCAAAGCGAUCAUGUCGCUGGGCACGAUGAAGGGUGCGGCCCACAUCGACGAGGUGUACUAUCUGUUCAGCUCGCCGCUACUGCGCACGGAAGUGCCCGAGACGGACCGUGCGUACGGGCUGCGCAAAACGAUGGUACGGCUGUGGAGCAACUUCGCCCGGUACGGUGAACCGACGCCGGCCCAACCGGCACCCGAUCCGGUCGUGCCGUUCCGCUGGGAGCCGCAACCGAACGUGCCGGACAGCCAGGACGUGCCGCUGCUGUGUCUGAACAUUACGAACGACGGUAUUGCGAUGGCCGAGAUGCCCGAAAAGCGGCGGAUGAACUUUUGGGCCGGCCUGUUCGAGCGGUUCAACGGGAAGCUGGCCAACGUGAAGCUGCCACUGAUCAGCUCGGCGCACGCGGAUGCGCCCGAUCUAAACAACAACACGCUGUAGCGCAAAGCUCUGCUCGGCUGAAUGCUCUGAAAAGAAUGCAGUUUUUAACGAAAGAUUGAAUGGCACGAUGCACCAUUGAGUGAAUGAAUUGAGCGUGCAUGUGUGUAGCAUUUUAAUAGCGUUACAAAGCGCUUCUAAAAGCGCUUCAAUGAGAGCUUCUUUAUAACAACAACAAAAAACUCGAUACGGUUCGAACUGCCGUUGUUUGAAAUCCAUUGUGCCCUUUGGUAGGAACGGCUGUUCUUCAGCAGCCGAAUAAAGGAAACAAUCACCCCAAAAACCCUCAGACUUGCAGGCAUGCCCAAGUUCGGCUAGAUUGGGCACGGUGUUGCUCGCCUUUUUUCUCAAGACACACGCGCAAAAAAGCAAAGUUAAUGUUGGGUUGGACCUAUUUGGGACGCAUUUGCGAUGGAUAUUGUUGGGUGCGUGCAAGCAGGAGAGAGAAGAACGUUGGGUAAAGACUGCACAAUCCUAAAACCCUGGGACAAAAGUUGGCGUAUCAUGCCCGGGAGCAGUAGAGAGAGAGAGAGAGAGAGAGAGAGAGAGAGAGAGAGAGAGAGAGAGAGAGAGAGAGAGAGAGAGAGAGAGAGAGAGAGAGCGAUCACUCGAAACAA